CGUUUUCCUUCCUGAACUCUCUGCUCUCCCAGACGCACAGAGAAUUAUCAUGUCUUCCCUCAUCUUCUCGUCCGUUUCGAGUAUCUGGAAGGUUGUAGAACAAAGCAUAACCUGAGGACAAUGAGUGUCUUAGUAGGCGCAGUAGAUAAGAUAAAGGUAGGCGGCGGUAGAUUCAUCUAUGUAGUAGGCAUGUAUGUAUGUCUGAGGAGUACUCCGUUCCUCAGUCUAUCCGUCCUAUAUGAGGUACCUAUUCGUGUAGGUGUGUGAGUAUGUGUAUGGGUGCGGAUGGGUGUGGGCGGGAAUGCCUGGUAGUGGCAGAAGAGUUCCGUUAGAGCAGAAUAAUAGACGCUGUCCUCUCUCUCUCUUCUUCGACUCUUUUCAAGGCUUUUUACUGUGUCUAUUCCCUCUCCACUCCCUUUCUCCUUCUUCUCUUCUCCUUCAUCCUCAUUCUCUUCUCAUCCAGGUCGUUUGUCCUGCUCGUUCGUUCGUUCGUUCGUUCGCUCGCUCGAUCGUUCGUCACUCAGUUCGUUGGAGCCAACUACCUCGUUCAUCCCCGUUUCCCUCCUAUUCCACCAUCCGUGCUGUCCACCACAACGUUUGGUUCUCACUACUGUUCGGUCCGCGCAGUAGUGGUUCAUUAGCCGACCAACCAUCCACCACCAUCUUCACACUAUUUCCAAGGUUCGUUGGCCAAAUCUGUUUGCUUCCUUCCUUCCACGUUCGCUCUCUAGCUCGCUCGCGCCUGCGCCUCUACGCCCCGCUGUACCUUGACGCUACUUGCCUUACCCUUCCCUGCCUUACCCUUCGUGCCUUCCCUACCCUGCUCGCCCUAACCUAUGUGCCUUCCCUACACUACCACACUACCGUCCUCGUAACCUACCCUUCCUUCCUACCAAAACCAACAUUUCCUACCUAACCUUCCUUCCCAUAUUCUCUCUACUCUCUCUAUUCUCUCUAUUCCUCUCUCUCUCUCUCUCUCUUUACUACCCUUCCUCUUCUUUCUCUUUUCGCUUUACUCUCCAAAUCCAUCAUCCCUAAUUCCUCACCCCCUCCCCCUCCUCAUAUUCAUCUAUUCAUCACCUCAUCAUUUCAUCAAUCAACAUCAUCCGAUUCUUCUCUGGCCGAAUUGCUGUUGCUACUUCUACGGCAACGACAACGAGUACUA